CGCUGUGCCGGGAGUAACGCGGAGCCGGGAGCUCCCGCCUGCCUGCGGCCAGCGUUCCAUUCGUUGUGUUGUGUUGUUUUGAAACAGGGAUCCCGGCUCCUGUGGUCUACUUCGUGGAUUAUGCGUCCAACUGCAUCUACCUUGAAGAUAUUGUUGGCGCGAUCGCCGUUCAGGAUCACAUCUACUCCGUGCAGCGGAGCGGCAGCGAUGCCAGCAGCCUCCUCGGCUUGGCAGAGAAGAUGGGCCAGCUGCUGGCCAGGAUGCACGACGAGGACCUCAUCCACGGGGACCUCACGACGUCCAACAUGCUGCUGCGGCCACCCGCGGAGCAGCUGGACUUGGUGCUGAUUGACUUUGGGCUCAGCUUUGUUUCGGGUCUUCCUGAGGACAAGGGAGUCGAUCUGUAUGUGCUGGAAAAAGCCUUCCUUAGUACCCAUCCCGAUACAGAAACUGUGUUUCAGGCUCUGCUACAGAGCUAUGCAGCCGCAUCUAAGAAAUCCGGCCCAGUGAUCAAACGUCUGGAUGAGGUGCGGCUCAGGGGGAGGAAGAGGUCCAUGAUUGGGUGACAGCAGGCAGCGAUGGGAAAAUAUUCCUGCUUGGUUCUUCCUGAGAGGUUAUUUAUACUUCCAAUUACUUUUAUUGCACAGAUUACUAUUUUGAUAAUAGUGUCUCGUAUGAAAUAAAUUGGAUUGGAUUUCUAA